UCUCAUGCUGCCAUCUCUUCCUCCUUUAAUUCUUCUUUUCAAAUUCAAAAAAUCCCAUAACUCCCUCUCCUUAACAUUCUCAUUUUUCCUCUCUUCAAGCCAAAUAAAAUAAAAUAAAUCAAACUUCCCUUGUAUUUCUCUGUUGUUAAUUGAAUAAGAAUGAGCAGUCCAUAUACAGUAACCAAGCUUGUUAGAUGGCGAAUUAGAGAUUGGGUAUCUUGUUUCUACGCUUGCAGGUUCCCUUUAGAGGAAGAAUCGAAUAAGCUUUGUGCAAUGACAUCUCAGAAACCGAGUAGGAAAAUGGUGUUUGAUCCGAUUGGUGAUAGUAGGAAGAAUAGAAAGAAGAAGUUGAAUAAGAAAAUGGAACAGAGGAAAAAAGAAAAAGUGAAAGUUUCAGCAGAGAAGGGUGAAAAGGAAGGAGAAAAUGACUCGAGCUGGCCUCGAUUCUCAGAAGAGGAUUAUAUAGUGUUUUGCUUUGAAGACGAUGGAGGAAUACAUAUUGUGGAAGAUAGAAAAUCGGAGGUAUUUCACCAGAAAAUUGAUCAUGCUGACGUUACUUCGAAAUCUGUUUGUAGGAAGCUUAAAUAUGUAGAGGAUGUAUCAGAGUUCCUUCCUCAGAGUAAAAACGACAUGAUCAGUGUAGAUGGAGAAAAUAGCUUUGAAUCAGCUGAAGAACAGAUCCCCGUUAUAGACGAUAAGGACCAGGGAAAAGGAAUUGAUGAUAUGGAAGAUGAAUGGCCACCGGCUGUUGUUAAAGAGAUCAGUCACAUAGGUGAGGUUAGUGAUAGCAAAACAACUCCAUCUGCGGAAUCAAGUGAUUCUAAUUACUCCACUGGUAGCACUGGUUCCUUUGCUUUCCCUGUAUUGGGCUGGGAAUUGAUGGGCAGUCCAGCUCAAAUGCCAAAACCUGAAGAAGAUGAUGAAGACGAAGAAGAAGAAGAAGAAGGUGGGCCACGUUUUGGGAAGCAUAAGGCUUGGUGCAGCGUGCGUCAUCACUGUUGCAAAUUUUGACACUUGUUCUUCCCCUUGUCCCCAUAUGAACUGUUCUUACUGGAUUCAUCAAGCUCUUUAAAAUACUUAUAUAUAUUGUUCUUUCGUUAAUCAACAAUUUUUUCCUUGUUAAGCGUGCUGUACUUAUUUCCAGCAACAAAACUGAGUAAACUAUAAAAAGAAAAAGUGGCAUUCAA